CCCGCCGCGGGCUUUUUUCUUUCUUUUCUGAUUGUUGCUCUGUUUCUCAUCGUCGCACGCCCCCCUCAGUUGUGUUAAUUGAUGCUAAAUACCUACUUGUCAGUGCUGUCUGUAGUGCUGGAUUUAGUUUCACCACUAGUAGUUUGGACAAUGAUGGCAGUUAGUUUUUUGUCCCAUUGCCGUAGGGGCCGCUCGCCAGUAUCUCUCUUUAUAAUUGCCCGUUCUAACUGUAAAUGUAGAACAGCCAGCGAAAUAAUCAUCAACCCCCUUCUCGCUGACUCUUCCCCUUGCCGAGAUAUGCCACUCUCUCUCCCAUGCCCUCUCCCAAAAAAAGAACAACCAGAGAUAAAUCAGCGCUCUAUUAAUGCACGCAAGUCAGCAUCCGGGCAAUCGGUACCUGCUCACGCACCCCCCAAGGAAACCAAUCAAACAUCGGCCGACCGGGUGCCAAUCUCUGCCCUUCUGUCACUGUUUCCGUCUCCUGUCGAGUUCGUCCUCGGAAGCGCUGUAAGACCUUCACUCUCAACUAUCAUUUCCCUUCUCUCUCUCAUAACUCGUAAUGCCGUCUUUCCAUCUCACUUGGACAAAUACGUGCUGUUACUCCGAAUUCGCUUUAUUGCUACUUGCCACUACCACCUCUUCCUAACCCUAAUACCACCCUUUUUCCGGCACAUGCAACGGCCGUCACGCUCAAAUAUGAUCAAUCAUUAUUCAUCAGCAGAUAAUCAUGCAACAGCAGGAUCAACACAUACCAGCAGAACAAGUCGAGCAAACAAGUUUCCAGCAGAUGGAAGAAAAGCAUAUUCCCCUCCUCCCUCUCUUCCUCCCCCCAUCCAAACACCUUCCGCACACCCCCUUGUGCUAAACUUCUCACUUGCCCAUCCGUUCCCCCAAUACCACCCUCUUGCUUUUUUUUUCCCCCCACGUCUCCUUCAUCCUUUUGAUAUCUGUAACUUUUUUCCCUUUUCCCUCUGUCUCUCUGUCUGUCGCUCUCUGUGAUUGUCUGAUUUUCAUAGGGCUUGUACUUUUCUGCGCCUUGCAGAUAUUUUAUGCAGGCUUGGGCUCCUCCCCAUGCUACCCGUAAGAUGUGCCGGCCUCACCCUUUUUUCACAAGUGACAAGACCCAGCCCCGAAUCUGAUGGGAUCACAAAAGGAAAAAAAACUGAACCCAAUAUCCACACCCGCAAAAUCCUUCCCGAGAUAAAACGGAAAAUGAUGCGCAGAGCCGCUUAAAAGCCCUCGCAAAAACGGAUAAUGGUGAUGAAAUAAACAUGUAUGACCAAAAGAUGUCCCGAUUCAGUUUUACCGCUCUGCUCUUACAGGGUACACAAUCCGCCAAGAAAAGCACGUCGUAGCAUUGAACAAAAGAUCAAGACACAACAACAAAAGCAAAGAAAGACCCAACAGUGAAAAAUGAUGAGCACCCAGGUUGAUUGAUGAUGUGUACAUGGGGGGAAAGGAAAGGAAAAGCUCACCUCG